GUUUUGGUGGCGUAAUUAACUCGAAGAUCGAUGCAGACAACAUCACACGUAUUUUGGAUAGAUUACUAGAUGGAUAUGACAACCGACUUCGACCAGGAUCUGGAGUGGAUGUCACCGAAGUUAAAACAGACAUAUUUGUCACAAGCUUCGGUCCCGUGUCAGACAUGGAAAUGGAGUACACAAUGGACAUGUUCUUCCGGCAAAUGUGGGUGGACGAGCGUCUGAAGUUCGAAGGCCCCAUUGAGAUCCUGCGACUCAACAACAUGAUGGUGGACAAGAUCUGGACGCCGGACACCUUCUUCAGAAACUCCAAGAGGUCCAUCGCCCAUAAUAUGACCACGCCCAACAAGAUGUUCCGCAUUAUGCAGAACGGAACAGUCUUCUACACCAUGAGACUGACGAUAAGUGCAGAGUGUCCCAUGCUGCUACAUGACUUCCCCUUGGAUGGACACGCCUGUCCUUUAUACUUCGGAAGCUAUGCCUACACCAACAAGGAGAUAGUCUACACCUGGAGGAAAGGGCUUGAGAAUUCGGUAGACCUGCCUCCUGAAUCCAACAGCCUGCUCCAGUAUGACAUGGUUGGACAGGCCCUCUUCACCGAAAUAUACAAGAUCCAUACAGGUCAUUACUCUGUGCAGGUGGUGCACUUCCUGCUGCAGAGGAAGUUGGGCUACUACCUGAUCCAGACGUAUGUGCCCCUCAUCAUGGUGGUUGUGCUGUCCCAAGUCGGCUUCUGGAUCAAUAAAGAGUCGGUGCCGGCCCGCACUGUCGCUGGGAUCACCACGGUGCUGACCAUGACCACGCUGAGCAUCAGCGCCCGCGAGUGCCUGCCCAAGGUGUCCUACGCCACUGCCAUGGACUGGUUCAUCGCCGUCUGCUUCGCCUUCGUGGCCUCCGCCCUCAUUGAGUUUGCGGCCGUCAACUACUUCGCCACGCUGCAGGGCAUCGCCUACGACCGCAAGAAGAAGCGCAAGAUGUCGCGCCAGUCCGACAGCAUGGUGGUCACCGGCAGCGAUGACGAGGACGAAUCGCCUGAUGGCCUCAACUACCGUCAGAAUCGCUCCAACUCGGUGAUCAGCUCGGUGGUCAGUGAGCCGGAGCAGCGUGUGCCCAAUUUCCUGCAGUCAGGCACGGCCAUCCCAGCCAACAUGGCACUGGCCGGCACCAGCCCCAUCGACAAGUACUCCCGCAUCCUCUUCCCCCUCGCCUUCGGGUCCUUCAACCUGGUCUACUGGAGCUACUACAUGUCCCGGGACACCAUGGAGAAACCCAGGGCCCUGAGUUUGAAUUGAGUUUUGCAUCUGAUUUACAAGAUGACAACUACUGACUGCCAUCGCACAACAAGUUAACGACAACAUCCAUCCAACCACUUCUUUCCAGCCCUCGUGUACAGCAAAGCAAGUCUCCUCUCCUCUCCUCUCCUCUCUUCUCCUCUUCUCUCCUCUCCUCUCCUCUCCUCUCCUCUCUUCUCCUCUUCUCUCCACAUCCCUUCUCUUCAUCUCAGUCCCUCUCUUCCUCUCCUCACUCUGCUUCCUCUCCUCCUCCUCGUCUUCUCACCUCUCCAACUCAUCUCCUCAUGUCCCCUCCUCGUAUCUUCUCCUCUCUUCGUCUCAUCUCUUCUUCGUCUCAUCUCCUCUUCCUCUCCUCUCCUCCUCUUUUCUCCUCUCGUCCUCUCCUCUCUUCCUCGUCUAUUCUUUUCCUUUUUUCUGCUACCCUCUUCCUCUCAUCUUCUCCUCUCUUCCUCUUCUCUUUCUUUCCUCCCCUCUCCUCUCCUCCUCCUCUCCUCUUCUGUCUUCGACCCUGCCUCUCCUCUUCUCUCCUCUCCUGUCUUCGACCCUGCCUGCCCUCUCCUCCUGUCCUCUCUUCUCCUCUCCUCUCUGCCUGCCCUCUCUUCUCCUCUCUCAUCUCCUCUCCUCUCCUCUCCUC